GUCUGCAGUCUACAGUCUACAAUCUUCAGUCGUCUGUGGUCGUGCUUGGCCAACGGUUGUGUAUUUGCGUACCGCUCUGCGUUUCACCGCCCCACCGCCUUCCCGCCCGCUCGUCCCGCUGUUAGUUACUAGCUUGUUUCGCUGAGCUGAACGGAACGACCGACUGCAAAUAGUAAAUACAUACACUCGACACUGCGAUGUCUUGGCUGGUGGUACUGCUGAUCCUCUACGUGAUCUGGGAUGUCAACUACUUCAUCCGCUGUGUGUUCACGGUGUUUGCGGGUCGGCUGUUCCAGCAGAAGCGCAAGGUCACGGACACCACGACGAUCUACGGGCUGUGCACGUCCCAGGAUGUGGACAUCUUCAUCCGGCACAUGAACAAUGCCCGCUACCUUCGGGAACUGGACUUUGCCCGCUUCCAUUUCUACGCCCUCACCGGUCUCUACGAGCGGAUCCGGGAGCGACGAGGCGGAGCCGUCCAGGGAGCCAGCAGCGUCCGGUACCGCCGCACCAUCCCCAUCUUCCAUCCGUACAAGAUCCAGACCAAGCUGAUCUGGUGGGACGACAAGGCCAUCUACCUGGAGCAGCAGUUCGUCACCCUUUCCGACGGCUUCGUGCGGGCGGUGGCCAUGUCCAAGCAGAACAUCACCAACGCCAAUGUCCUCGAGGUCCUGAAGACCUAUCCGGAGACCGCCCAGCGACCGGAGAAACCGGAGGAACUCAAGCUCUGGCUGGACGCCAUCGAACUCUCGAGCCAGAAGCUGCGAAAGGACAAGUGAUCUGCACGACCUGACCCACCUUCACAAAUCAUUUACUCUUGCCUUAUUUGCUUAGUCUAGUAACAUUUUUUUUUGAGUGCACAGUGCAAACAUUUUAGACUGAUUUUUCUCACAUUUUACAAAAACCAAUAUAGGUACUGUAAACAUUUUGAUUUGUUUGUUAUAAAUAACAUUGUUCCUAUUAUUCGAGAAAUUGUGAAUUCCACAUUCUAAACAACAACCCAUGACAACUUGACCAUAUGCUUAUGUUUUCACACAGUGCCUUACUUAUAAUGAAUAAUUUGUAUAAAGAUAUUACUUAAAUGGAGUGGCCGAAGCUUUUUAAAUAUAGAUUUUUUUCCAACAAAAUA